AGUCUUCACUUUCAUUCCAUCCAAAGAGACAUCACUCGUUUCAGUUUAGUUUUCAUCACAACGGUGUUGGAUUAAUUAUAGUUUUGUAAAUAUGAAAUUUGGAAUAGUUUCCAUUCUUUUAGUUUUACUCUUCACAAAUGGCGUCCUCAAUCAAGAAGAAGAUGAGACAUCCGAUGAGGCAUCAACUACAGAAGCAAUUCCAGAGUAUGAAAAUGAUGAUGAGCCUGUAAUUCCAGUUUACAUUCAGCCUAGAUUCGAUGAGGAAGGAGACAUAAAAUGGUUCCCCAGGAUUAUUGGGGGGACACCCGCUGUGAUGGGAGAGUUCCCAGGAAAAGUAUCCCUUCAAACCCGGAUGGGAUCACAUUUCUGCGGAGGAACUCUCAUUGAUCUCAACCAUGUCCUUACGGCAGCUCACUGUGUCACGGAUUCCCGGUCUCAAGUCUUCAAUCCAGCCGCGUUACAAAUUAUGGCCGGGGAUGUGUCAAUCACACGAAAUUCACCAGCAGCCACACGAGAGACGCGCCUCGUGUCUCACAUUUUUGCCCAUCCAGACUAUGAUAUUGGCACAAUGGAAAAUGACAUCGCUGUGAUUCGGGUCAGCAUCCCAUUUCGCCUUCAGCAAGGUAUUGUAAUGCCCCGACCCUUGUCGAGGAGUAUCCCACCUGUAGGUACUGUGUGCGUCCUUGCGGGAUGGGGAACAACGUCAGAGGGCACAAAUACCCCUUCGCCCAGCCUCCAACGUGUGGAUUUGGAUAUCAUCGACACAGAUAGGUGCAAUCAGUCCUACCGGGGACUGUUGCAUGGUAACAUGUUUUGCGCUGGGCAUAUGGCUGGUGGACGGGAUUCCUGUCAGGGUGAUUCAGGCGGAGGAUUGAUGUGUGAUAGACUUGUAACUGGAAUCGUUUCCUUUGGCUACGGCUGCGGAAGGCGUCAUUUCCCUGGGGUCUACAUCGACGUUAGUCAGUAUCUGGAGUGGAUCCAGCAGAAUCAAGGAUUCGAUGGAACCCAUGACGACAUCCCAACACCUCGCCCGUCAAGUGCUUCAUUUGUGAGACUGUCUCCAAUUCUUUUGCUGUGUGUAGCAAUUUUUGUGGAAAUUUGUAAUAUGAUUUAGGCUCUUCAGAGAAAGGGUUCGAUAGACUUUAAUAAAUGUUUUUAACAAAUA